AUGACGGUGUGUUUCGCCAAUCACACUGUAGUCGGACUACGUUCAAGCAACCAGAACGGCUUCCCCGUUGCCACCGGCCGACCAGGACCAGCCCAGUGCGAAAUCGGCGUGUUGACAACGGCAGUACGAGGUGCGACACCGCCAUCAGCAGCCAAUCGUCCAAAGAUGGCGCCCACCCCCGGAUCCACGCAGGCACUGGCCUGUUCUCGACAUCCCGGUGGAUUGCAUUGGAUUGUUGGCUCCGUUGCCCGUCGUACCGCCAUUCCCUCGAUCUUCACCACUGCUCGCUCGUCGCUCGCUCGCUCCCUCACAAUCCAGAUGACAGUCCUCCCCCCAGCUCCGUCCCCCGAUUCCCGCCCACUCAGUGACACACACCCCCCUCUCCUUCCAGCUUCCACUUCGUUCCAUCUCAGCCCACCCUCUUCUCAUCACCGCCAUUCCCUUCUGCCUCCUUCGUACCUUCGUCACCUUCCACCUUUUAUCCUCUCCUAA